GAACGUCGAGUAUUCGCUCAAUAAUUUGAUUGACGUAUAUUUACUCCAGCGAAGCUAUUUUUAAUUUUAAUGAUCUUUUUGCUAUAAACGUUAAAUAAACCCUAGUGCGUUAUGCUAGUCGGGCUCCGUGGAGUGUCACCAGCCUCCGAUACCAUGUCUGAAGGCACGUUGGAGAGAAAUCGGGCUGAAAAAGCUUUAAUAACGAAAACGCCUACCCAUAGUCAGUUGUUCCCUAAGAAUUCUGGAGUCAAGAAUUAUUCCGAUAAGAAUGGAAAUGAUGUGACGAAAGCGGUGCAUAAAGGGAGGAAGACAUUCGCUUUUUGGACGCUCGUCUGUCUACUAUUUAUCCUAGCUAUAGGAAAUUUAAUUCUUACAUUCACUAUUUUGGCUGUGUUGAGGCUUGGUCAAGGAAUGGAGAGCAUGGAAUUCCUGCCGGAACAUAACGCUAUCAAGUUCUUCGGAGACACAGACUUUGAGCACUUGUACAAGAAGGACGGACUCAUUGAGAGCUUCCGAGACACUCCAAUGACUAUUUCUAGUGAGAAUGGAUCUGUUAUGUUCAAUUUGCAAGUCAAACCAUCUCGCUACGAGAACAAACUGACAGUAAACACAUCUGGAGUGUUUGUACGUGGAGUGAACGCUCUGGAGCUGAUAGACCCUGACUCGGGGGUGGUGUUCAGUACCGCAGCCGCUGACAUGAAUAUACCUGAUGGAGUUAAUAAUUUGCAUGCUAAGCAAAUAUCAGUGAAACGCAUAACAUCACCGGUCGACGAGGAUCUAACCCUUCGCUCCGAGACGUCCGCUCACCUUCGAGGGGCUGAAGGAACUCACAUGGAAUCCAAAGAAUUGUUCUGGAGUGCCGACCAAGAUAUUUACCUUAAAUCAAUUAAUGGUUCUAUAGUAUUGAGCGGUAAAGAAGGCGUUUUUAUAGAUGUUAGAUACCUUCCUAUAGCGGCCACUGUUAAUAGGACAGAUAAGUACAGCCAAGGUACGGGACAGUUUAAAGUGUGUGUAUGUAUGCCUCAAGGGAAAUUGUUCAGAAUAGCAGUACCCACGGGGCAAAAAGUUACAUGUUCGCAUAUUAAUAUGACAGGCGAUUUGAAUCCUUGUGCCUAAGUGGUAGAGUAGGUUUUUGAUUGUAGUUGAAUUAGGAGAAUUUGAUGUUUUUAUACGUGUAAGUUGAAAUGAAGGCCUAUGAUUGUUUUUUUACUAAUUUACUUGGUAAUUUAUGGUCUUAAUUGCUUUUUUUUAUGAGUGUAAGCUAAAUUAUAUUUUAUGGACAUUGAAGCGAAAAACGGUACCUUUUUAAUUUUCUAGUCGUCCAUAAGAUUUUUUUUUCAUAAUGAAUUUAUGAUUGUGCAAAAUCUUUUAAGCUUUUCGUUUCUUGCAAUUUCAAUUUUAAUUCAAUUCAAUUUAUUUGCUACAGUAUUCUUAUGACUGCACUCGGAUAUCAAGAUCUACAUAUCUGAUAUUAGUUAAGUUAGAAGUUAUUAAUUUAUUGUAGGUAACAAAAAUAUAAUUAGCAUUUAAAAUGUUUGUAUUUAAAAUAUACAAUAUCGUACUUAUAAUAGUUGUUAUUUAUUUCAUAAUAAAUAAACGAAUCUAGUCAAUA